GACGCUGCUGGUGAACGCCGGUGCCGUGCUCAACUUCAGGCUGAGGAGGAGGGACACGGAGGGAUUCGGAGAGGAGCAGAGGGAACCCACGACCGGUGACAAUAUCAGAGAGUUCUUGCUGAGUCUCAGGUAUUUCCGAAUCUUCAUUGCCCUGUGGAAUAUCUUCAUGAUGUUCUGCAUGAUUGUGUUAUUUGGAUCUUGAAAGCCACUCAUGGACACGUUGGAAGAAACUUUUGGCUGGCAACAAACUUUUCUAGAAGUAAAAGAUCCUGCUGCUCUCCAGCUGCAGCCCCGUGGGGAGCUGGGACACGCUCGUCCCCUCCAGGUUCCUGCUCUGCCAGGGCUUGGAGCCACAACCUUCACACAAAUUAUCUCAGCUUCACUCAAAGAGAAUUUGGACUUGGUUUUCUAAGCUCUGAGUGGAGAGCAGAGGAGAAUUGAAGCCAAUUUUAAACCUCUGCUUUGCCAGUCCCAGCUGGGGCUGUGCCAGCUCGAGUUGCCCCUGUCCAAGUCACACUCCUGAGUUCUCAGUUUUGUGUAAAAGUUGAGCAGAGUGUUCUUGUAACUUCUCACUAUUCCAUUUGUUUUGUUGGAGGUGUUAAAAAGGAAUAUUCAAGGAAAAAAAAAAUAAUUCCAUUCUCACUUUCUCCCUGUUUUUCCAGAAAAAAAAAAACUUUUUAAAAUAAUAUUUCAAAGAUUUUUUUUUUCCUAAGCAAUAUGUAGGGGAUUUUGAAUGGGGAAAAAUGGCAAAAAUAAUUCUCUAAGCCAAUGUCAAGAGAUAAUUUUGGAAUAAUCUUGGAUUUGGUUGAAUAAAGUUCUGUUUAAGGGUAAAAUAUAUAUUUCAUGCUGUGUUCAUUCUGUUACAGGAGAAAUUGAUUCUGUAUUGGUGUAUUUUGGGAAAUUGUAGCUAUUCCUGUAAUCUGUCUGGAGUCUUGUGUUAUUUAUAUUAAGUUGGGCUUUCUGACCAACAGCUUUUCCCCAGAAUCACCAAAAUAAUUUAAGAGAGUGAAGUACUGAGUAUCUUUUAAAUCAAACUAUAAACUGUUAGUGGGGCUUACACAGCUUCAGUUUCUUCAACUGUUGAGGAGAAAUCUGAUUUAAAUGAUUCUCUGGAUAGGUUUUAGGGAGUAUUUUGAUUUUUUCCUGAUUGGGAGAUGCAAGUGUUGGGCACCUGCAGCAUUUUACUUGAGUCAUCCUCUUGGUUGAACUGAAGUUUUCACCUUAAUGAAAUAUGACAGGGGAAGGGUCAUUUGAGGGAGGCUGUAAUGAACCCAGAAAAAUGUACAGACAGGUUUCUUCAAGUGUGGGUUGAGCCAUCCAGAAAUAUGUACAACCUUUGGUUAAAUUUAAGCAUAUUCAUUGCCUGUAAUUUUGGUAUAUUUUAACCCUUUCCUGAUUCUUUAGAACGAAACAAAAAAAAAAAAAGUGUACUGGCAAAUACAACACUGUGAUUUAACCAAUAUAAUUCUUGGAAAACA